AUGCAUAGUACCCCAGGACGUCUACCAGAGGCACCCCCUCCAGCGACAACAGCGCCAACCAUGCUCGAUCCACUUGACGAGAUAUCGCUUAAGGAUUUUCCCCCAAUGGCAGGAACACCGACCUCAGCUACUAUGUCUCUCCCAACUCCAGAGUGCCAGCCGGUCACUCUACCUCACGAUUCGACAAUGCAGAAUCCUCCCGAUCGCCCAGUCGCUUAUUUCAUCGACAACGGCGACGCUGCCAUCGUUGUCCCUGGGGCGCCUCUCAUGAAGGACUAUGAUUCGUUCACUGAGGGAAGCAAGGAAGGGAGCUUUGCAUCCCUUCCUGCUGCCGAUGUGAAUGAGUUUGGAGACCCAAUAUACCCCAUCAGUGCUCCUACCCUGGCGGCGUUGCCUCAUUACAACUCCACGACUGCCAUUCACGCAUGGCGCCUCCAAGUGGACGAGUAUCGGUAUCAGCCUGGUGCCGUUGCUCAGGCCCAGCCACUCGACGUUCCCACGGUCUCGAUGUCAUCAUCAUCGUCGACGACGUUGUCACCAAUGUCAGAGGCAGGCACCACCCCGACCAACGCCAAGCGUCCCAGGCCACGGUCUACUUCCUCUGAGGAGGAAGGAGGGAUUCAUAAGCGGAAUACCAGAGCCCGACCAGGCACUCCGCCAACUCCCUCGCCGCGCAUUCGUGCGCAAUCAUUUGGCACCUCAGGUUCAUCUGGGGUGCAAAAUUCUUUUCUCUGGGUCGAACUCGGUCCGCCGCCAAACGUAUUCCAAGCGCCGCGCCCACCGUCAAGGGCAAACUCGGCCCCAGACUAG